AAAUGUAGCACCCCUAGUUAUCUUUCCCCACCUGACCUCCUUUCUCUCUAUUUAAGGCCCAUUUCUUUUCCCUACCCACCGUCCUCUUUCUACUCUACUCCCCAGUAGCAGAGCAUAACAUGGGCGGUAGUAGUACCAUACCUUCCCACACCAGAAUCACUACUACUACUUCUGAUCUUGAAAAUGCCGCUUACGCUCCCUUACCUGGCCACUCCUCUCCAGCGAGUCCCCGGAGACCUUUAAAGGGUUUUGCCGGGAUCAUUGUCUCCGUCAUUUUUCUCCUGGCAUUGGUCGCAUUAAUCCUUGACCAAAGCCAAGAACCCUUGGAUAAACCCGGAAAGGAUGAGGCACCUACAUUGACGUCCAACGCUACGUCUUUUUCCAACAUUUCGGGACCGGUGGCUAGGGGAGUCGCACAAGGCGUGUCCGCCAAAUCCAACCCGUCCUUUUCCGGCCAUGAACUUUCUUACAACUGGACAAACGCUAUGUUUUCUUGGCAGAGAACUGCCUUCCAUUUUCAACCCGAAAGGAACUGGAUGAAUGAUCCUGAUGGUCCACUGUAUCACAAGGGAUGGUACCAUCUGUUUUACCAAUACAACCCGGAUUCGGCUGUGUGGGGCAACAUCACAUGGGGUCACGCCGUCUCCACCGAUCUCAUCCACUGGCUCUAUCUCCCCAUCGCCAUGGUUCCCGACAGCUGGUUCGAUUGGAACGGCGUCUGGACUGGCUCCGCCACCAUCCUUCCCGACGGCCAGAUCGUUAUGCUCUAUACCGGAGACACCGAUAAUUACGUUCAGGUUCAAAACCUUGCCUACCCUGCCAACCUUUCCGAUCCUCUACUCUUGGAUUGGGUCAAGUACUCCGGUAACCCAGUCUUGGUCCCCCCUACCGGCAUUGCCCCCAAAGAUUUCCGAGACCCGACUACCGCCUGGCUUGGACCCGACGGGAAGUGGCGGCUCACAAUCGGGUCCAAGGUCAAUACUACGGGCAUUUCGCUUGUGUACACGACCACGAACUUCACCGACUAUGAGCUGUUGGAUACUGUGUUGCACGCCGUCCCCGGUACAGGCAUGUGGGAGUGCGUGGAUUUUUACCCGGUCUCGAUCAAUGGGACGAAAGGUUUGGAUACGUCGGCGGGCGGCCCGGGAGUUAAGCACGUGUUGAAGGCUAGUUUGGAUAAUACCAAGUUGGAUUACUAUGCACUUGGAACUUACUUUGCAGAGAACGAUACGUGGGUGCCCGAUGACCCGGAACAGGAUGUGGGUAUCGGGUUGCGAUAUGACUAUGGGAGGUACUAUGCAUCGAAGACAUUUUAUGACCCGGUGAAGGAGAGGCGGAUCCUAUGGGGUUGGAUCAAUGAAACCGAUACUGAAAAUGACGACCUGGCAAAGGGUUGGGCGUCUGUUCAGACCAUUCCAAGAACUGUGUUGUAUGACAAUAAUACUGGAACCAAUAUUCUUCAAUGGCCCGUGGAAGAGUUAGAGAGCCUGAGACUGAACAGCACAGAUUUUGAUGGGGUGGUGGUCGAACCUGGAUCGGUUGUGGAGCUAGACAUCGGCUCAGCCACUCAGUUAGACAUUCUCGCCGAGUUUGAAAUAGAAUCAUUAGGAUUGGAGGAGACGAACGAAGUCAAUGGACUUUGUGGAAGUGGUGCCACUGACAGAAGCAGUUUCGGGCCAUUUGGGCUUUUAGUUAUUGCUGAUGAAACACUUUCUGAACUAACCCCUAUAUAUUUCCGCCUUGCCAAUUCAAGUGAUGGCAGUUUUGAGACUUACUUCUGCGCGGAUGAAAGAAGGUCUUCAAAGGCUUCUGAUGUUUUCAAACAAGUUUACGGAAGUUCAGUUCCGGUGCUUGAUGGUGAAACUUUGUCGAUGAGAAUUUUGGUUGACCAUUCAAUUGUGGAAAGCUUUGCUCAAGGAGGGAGGAGAGUGAUUACAUCUCGUCUUUAUCCAACAGAAGCAAUUUACGGAGCAGCUAGAUUAUUUUUGUUCAACAAUGCAACUGGAGUGAAUGUCAAGGCCACGCUUAAGAUAUGGCAGUUGAAUUAUGCUUUUAUUCACCCUUUCCCCUUGGACCAGAUGCAUUGAAGUCUUUGCAGCCCCAACCCCUGCCCCCGCCCGGUGCCUAUUGUAUUAAGUUUCCCUCUUGCUCCCAAAUAUGUCUUUUGUAAUUUUAUUUAUUUAUUUAUUUAUUUUUAUGGUUGGGUUAUCUAAUGCAGUAUGUUUCCCAGCUCAUUUUUGUCUUGUCAGACCAAGUUAAUUCAUGAUUAGUUUUGUUUUACUAUCAGAAUUAGUUCAAAAGAGGCAAACUUCCUGUUAAAGCUACGUUUUCUGUUCAGUAAUAGACAAUCUGAGAUUAUUUGCAAA